AUGGCAGAAGCACGACGAGGCUGGGCUGAUCUUCCUACUGAUAUAGGAACAUCAAUUGCUGAACAUUUAGUCCUAAUUGAUCUUAGUUUUCGCAAGGUCUGUAAGAGUUGGAACUCUGCUUAUGCUGCUUCCAGAUGUUCAGCUAAGAUUGAAUCCCCACCUAAUUAUGAACCCUGGUUUAUUCUUUAUGGCGAGGAUUCACAAUGCAUUUUGCUUAAAGGAUCCCAAAAGAAGUACAAAAUCAAUUUCCCAGAAUUGGAUGGAGCAACAUGCAUUGCAUCCAGGGAUGGGUGGCUUCUUGUACACCAAGAAACCGUAAUUUUCUUCUUCUGCCCCUUCUCCCGCUCUAAAAUAGUCCUUCCUCAGUUCCCUGACUCAGAGCAACGUGAUUAUAUUGGUGCAUUUUCAUCUCCUCCUACAUCAAAAGAUUGCGCUGUUUGUGUUGUUCGCCGUAAUGAUAAAUUGGAGGUGGAACUACAAUUGCUUUAUCGUGGAGCUAAUGCAUGGACUAUGCACAAAUAUAGUUACUGCAGAGACUUUUUUAACAAUAUUAAAGCAGCAGCUUAUCUGGACGACAGAAAAAGAUUCCACAUUUACGAUGAUAUAAAUGGGUUCCUUACGUUUUCACCAGAAGACGGAAAUUGGAAGAUAUAUCUUAUUAUUGGUAUUGGUAUCUCGAGGUAUAAGUCAGCAGAAGUUGAAAGAAUACCCUUUUUUAUUAGCAGGUGGAGUUUUCAAAUGAGGAGCAUGAAGACAAAGUUGGGGUUGAAAGAGGAUGUUUCAAUUGAUACUUGUGGAACACUAGCAUCAUAUCGUACUGAUAAUCAUAUACAGUACAUACUACUUUUCAAUGAGAAUAUCUCUCAAAAAACUGAAACCCGAAGCCGCCGCGGCCGCCGCCUUAAAGGAGUAUGGAUUGAACCUCGGUUCCAUAAAAUUCCCCAGAAGUGUAGUCGGCAUGAUCUAUGA